CGUGAUGCAGCCAACCUUUUUGAUGUUGCCUAUGCAUUCGGAUAUGUAGCACAGCAAUAUGAAGAUGAUAUUGACAGAUUUGGUUACCAAAUGCAACAGAAACUUGAAAAAAGGUGGGCAGAUUGGGAGCAACCUCUUCUUCUUUUGGCCAUUAUUUUUUAUUCGCAAUAUUGUGUUCAGGCUUUGUCCAAUAUUAAUAUUUUUUUUCUCGAGCAAAUAACAUGUUGGAUCGAAUAUUAUUAUGAAAUGUGGUUUGGUGUAAAACCAAAAUGUGUAGCAUUAGAAUUAACUGAAUACUAUAUGAGAUGUGGAGAUAUGUCAAUGAAUAAUGCAAUCAAGCUUACAUUGUUGCGAUAUUGGGAAUUUGCAGCAAUUGAUCAAAAAGAGAUUGGUAAGGAUAGUUUUAAAGCUCAAGACGUAGUCAUCUCAAAUGAAGAAAUAACACCAACGCCUCACUGUGAGUUUCAGUCGGAAUCAAACCUUGAACCAAUAAAUGACAUGAACGGUCCUGAUGAGCAUGUACCGAUGUCUGAUAGUGAUAAAAUUCCUAAUGAUGAUUAUGAAAGUGAAGAUUAUGAUAGUAAUGACUAUGCAAGUGAUAAAAGUGAAUCUAUUAUCAGAGAAUGG